AUAUAAACACCUUCGUGCUCUCCUUAGCUAUUCCUUUCCUUGCCUCUUUCUUUUCAUCUCUGAUGUGCAAAUGUAUCGUCGUUUACACCUCUGGUGUGAUUGUACGAGAAAGAAAAAAGGCACGCAACACAAGCUUGCUAUCAAAGUUUUUUUCUUUUUUUUAAAGGAGUGUUGCGCCGACUUGUUUGGUCCUGUGAAAUAUAACACGUGUUUUUGUUCUUCACAUCCCGCCUUUAUUUUAAUAAGAAACCCUCCGCUUACUGUCUGUGUUUCCACCCCCCUCUGCUCGUGCAUUAAUUGUUAGUCGCAGAGGGGUUGAGUUUAAACUGCACAGAUAGGGUGUGCUGGGAUUCGAUGCAGUUUUUUUUUUUUUGUAAAGCUGUCUGCUCCGCAUAAGGAUGAGAAGCGGAGGGAAGCUAAGACUUUCCUGCGGUAACACAAUCCUAUCAAAAUAGAUCGACACCUAAUUGUUAAACACGUGCAUUUAAAAAGCGAUCCUUUCUUUCUCUCGUGUAUAGAGGCCCUGUGUCCAACACUUCUGUAAUCAGCAUAAUUUUUCAGCGGUGACGCUGCCUGUGUAUAAAGAGGAUUAUUAACACACGUAGACUUGCCUGCCCGGCUCUAAAGAAGCAGACCUUUAUUUUAAAAGAAACAGCGCAAUGACGUUAAAAGAAAACCGGAAAUGGUGGUCAUAAUAAUAAUAAUAAUAAUAAUAAUAAUAAUAAUAAUAAUAAUAAUAAUAAUAAUAAAGAUGACAAAACGACACAGCGCACGAUAGCAGCGCUGUUAAGGGGGAAUACUGAGGCCAUUGUUAUCAGUGAAUAGGGCGUACCAGUUUACAGGGCAGUCGGUAUACCAGGGUUUGUCCAUUCCAAACCCCGAGCUUUCCACGGAAUCCUACGAGCUACAGCGCCACCGCUUUCCGAACAGAGCGAAUGUAUAAAGAGUUAGCGGCCGGGGGAGUGCUGGCUGUGCCUUUGCAUGCACAUCGGAGAUAUGUUUUUUUUGUAUUCCUUAAAGACGGGAACAAGUCUCGCUUAUUGAUUGUAGCGAAGCUGGAUGUGAACAUAUAUUAUGCCUGCCUGCGCUGCUUUCCUCGUCAGAGGCUAAGAUCCGCUUGCAAGAGGCCGUUGGAAAGAGACUGUCACGUGACCCCCGGUGCCAAUGUUCUUCCAGAAGGUCGUCAGGACCCUGGUAGCCGGUGAAACACAGUCUGGGAAGCACAGAGAUGCAGAAAACUACCUACUACGACAACUCGACGUUAUUCGGGGGCUACUCUUAUCAAGGGGCCAACGGCUUCGGUUAUGAGGCCCCCCAGCCGCAUUAUCAGUCUUCGGCCCACCUCGAGGCGGACUACCAGAGGUCCGCGUGUUCGCUCCAGUCGCUUGGCAACAGCACCCAGCAACACGCUAAGUCUAAAGACCCGAAUGGAAGCUGCAUGCGCCCCAGUUUGCCAUCUGAGCACCACCGCCCCCCUCCUGUGUCACCGCCACAGAACCCUGACAACAGCGCGUCCAACAGCGGCGGCGUGGCUAAGCAGCCCGGCAGCAAAAGCGCUUCAUCAAAGUCAUCCUCCUCCUCCUCCUCCCUCCCACCCAACCCUACUUUAACCAAACAGAUAUUCCCUUGGAUGAAAGAGUCGAGGCAAAACUCAAAACAGAAAAACAGCUCCCCAAGCACAGCGGAAAGCUGCGGCGGCAGCGGCGGCGGAGGGGAUAAAAGCCCCCCAGGUUCUUCUGCCUCCAAGAGAGCGCGCACGGCCUAUACGAGCGCGCAGCUGGUGGAGCUCGAGAAGGAGUUUCAUUUCAACCGGUACCUGUGCCGGCCGCGGCGGGUGGAAAUGGCGAACCUGUUGAACCUCAGCGAACGGCAAAUCAAGAUAUGGUUCCAGAACCGCAGAAUGAAGUACAAAAAAGACCAGAAAUUGAAAGGGCUGGGGUCCUCCUCUGGCGGGCCGUCCCCUACAGGCAGCCCGCCCCUGUCCAUGCAGUCCUCGGCAGGUUUCAUGAACCCCAUGCACCCGAUGAGCAGCAGCUACGACGCUCCUUCCCCGCCGCCUUUCAACAAACCUCACCAGAACGCCUACGCGAUGUCGACGGCCUAUCAAACCCCAAUGAAAAGCUGCUCUGCCCAGCACAAAUAUAGCAACACUGCGCCAGAGUAUGACCCCCACGGUUUACAGGGUAACGGCGGCGGAUACGGGACUCCCAGCAUGCAAGGGAGCCCCGUGUACGUUGGAGGAAACUAUGUGGAUUCUAUGCCGGCCUCUGGCCCAUCUCUGUAUGGUUUGAAUCACCUGUCCCAUCACCAGUCUAACAAUAUGGACUACAACGAUGGCCCGCAGAUGCCAGCUACCCAACACCACGGACUAUGUGAUCCUCACCCUACGUACACAGAACUUCCGGCGCAUCAUUCUUCUCAGGGUAGAAUCCAGGAAGCGCCCAAGUUAACGCAUCUGUAGCAGGUUUGACAUCUAAACACGACAAACAGGGACGCUGCAACGGGACAGCACGUUACCCAGUGGGUUUUGUCAUUGUUGUCCAAACACACACACACACAAACACACUCAGAGACAACACAGUGUUUAGCAUUGUGUAUAAUAUCCGACUGGUUAAGCUUCAGCACAUGUGUUUUGGAAAGGGGUUCUGCAAAUCCAGGAUUUACAUUAUUUUGCUAGAAAUUGAGUCGUCUUACGAGCACUUUGUGUUUUAACGUGAUUUUGGACACGCUUUACAUAACGCAUUCAAAUACAAUCCAUACAUUCUGUGAAAAACAGGUUUGCAGGUAAAACUGGCCUCACGAACAAAACUACAAGAAAAAAAAAUCAAAGAACAAAAACCACUGGGUACUUGUUUUGCUUUCCUUUUCACAUUACCUCUUUUAUUACGCCAUCCUCUCCACUAAUCAAUUGCCACGAUACUUUUAUUUCAUUUUUAUUUAUUUAUUUUUUUUUUUUUUACUAAUUACGUACCUGACAAAAGUUGCUUGUCGUUACGGAAUCGUCGCCCCGUUUCUCCAAUAGGUUUAAUAUCCAAGUUUAGCAACUUAACUCCCUUUUUUGUUGUUUUCUUUUUUUAAAAAGGGGACUUAUUAUUUAUAAGUUUACAUUCAAAGUCUUCAGCUCCGUGUGUUAGACUUGUGGGCAAAGAACACGGUCUCCUGCAUUGCCUCUUUCUAUAUAGUGUGGAGUUUGUUCUUUCUCAAACAAUUUUUAGGGUUCACUUGCAUUAGGCAACGCUAAUGCUAACAGCCCACAUUUUUUAUGUUCUCUUGACUUGACGUGAAAACAGGGUAUAUUUGAACAAAUUCUAUGUCCUGGAAAUUAAGCAGAAGCGAAGACAUUUUGGUAUUUGCUAAUGCGUUCUGGUCUGGGGCAUAUUUUGUUGCACUUAGAGUUUACAUUUUAAAUGGGUGAAACAAGUAAUCUUUCAUACGAAAGACGUCCAAUCAGCACCAAUCGUGGGCGUCUUUCAGUACGUGUGUUCUAGUGAGCAUCCAUAAAUAUAUAUUUAUUCGUUAUAGCCAGUUUUAAAAUAUUUUCUUUUUUUUUGUAUUAUUUAUCCCACACAUUAUGUAUUUAUAUCGAUAAAAAAUGUAUUUUUUUUUUUAGUAUUUACCUGUUAUUAAAAAAAGACGUUGUGUUCAUGUUAUUGUAAUCUAGGCAGAACAGUAAUUUUAUGUUAUCCUUGUACAUAUUAACAAUGUAAUGAUUUAUACUGAAGGCAUGAGGACGGAAUCAGACUGUUACUGCAUAGUCAUAAAUUAGUAUAGCUAAAAAAAAUCAUUUUGAGAACCUUCCUUGUUAUUUGUAGUUUUUUUCCAUUGCUAAAGAGUUGUCUGUUGAACAAUUCUUGAAAUAAAUCUAUGUUAUUGAGUUCUA